GAGGGGGUCGACCCCUUCGCCCGUCCGGGACCCCCGCAUUUCAAAUUUUCCUCGGCCAUCCAUCCUCUUCCUCCUGCUCCUCUCAGGCCGGCCACCUUUAACCACGCCGGCGGCCCACCGCCGCCUCCGAUCCACCCCCUUGCCGUCAUAACUCUUAGCCUCGCCGCCCCUUCCACCGCGCCGGGCACCAUGGAGAGCGACGACGAGGAGAUGCGGGACGCCUCCUCCUCCUCAUCCAUCGACGGCGGCGUCGGGGACGAGGAGGGCAGCGGCAGCGGCGCGGGGUUCGAGGAGGCCGGGGAGGGCGUCAUGGUGAUGGAGGUCAGGUGGUUCGAGGUCGACCUCGACUACGAGUUCGACGCGCCCAGGUGGUUCGACCUCGCGCAGGAGGAGGCGCCGGUGGAGGCCGCCGCCGCGGAGAUGUGGUUCGCCAACGCCCCCAGCUACCCGCCCUCUCCUUUAAUUGCUAUGAUGUUGGCUGAAGAUCUCGGGUUGCCAAACCUAAGAACCAUUUCAGGUCCAGACAUAGAUGCUGUGCAUUGCUCUAAAUCUUUGCAAGGAUGUUCUGUUGCAGCUCAACAAAGUACCUAUCGGUCACAUGCACCAAAUGAAGGACGGACACCAUGCUAUGGAUUAUCAGAAAUUGAACGAAAACCUGGUACUCGAAGUAUUGUGAAGGCGAAUUUCUUGAAAGGGUCCACACUGAUGAAGCCUACAGCCAGUCAGUUAGCCAGGCAAAACAGGCAACUUGAAGUGAAGAAGGCCAUGCAGAGUAAAAAGUCAGUUGGGGUGAGAAGUGAGGGAAGUACCAUGAGCUCAAAUGAUUGCACUCACCAAGCUGGUAAAAGGCAGAGAUUAGAAAAAGGUCAUCUCAACAAGGUUGUUGGUACAAAUCAACAUGAGUUCAUUCACAAGGCCCAUGAAAAGAACGUGAUGAACAGUAGCUCUGAUCGUGCCACUGGCCUACCAAAAUCGAAGGUUACAGUUCCGAGAGAACCUGAGCUGGCAACUAAGUUAAGAGCAGAGAGGUCAAGGAUUCUAAGAGCAGUGCCAACUAAUACAAAGCAGUUAAAUAAACGGGAUGAACAAUCUGCUUCUAUGAUGCAAGCGGCGUCGGCUAGAAAGGCCGUGCAACCCUUUCGGACCACAUAUCAUCAGCAUGCAAAUGUUCAACAUGCCAAUGUUGCGCGAAAUAUGCCCGUGUGCACAUCUAACCGUGCAGCUAAUCUUCAAAACGUGGAUAAGAAACCUGAAGAAUGCAGAGAUGGCCCGUUUAAAUUUAAAGCCCAGCCACUGGAUAGAAAGAUAUUAGCAAGCAAAGGAGACAUUGGUGUAUUUCAAAGUACCAAAAGAAACACAACUGUCUUUAAGGAAUUCAACUUGUCAACAAGCCGGAAGAGCAAGCAGGCUCCAUUAUCUGAACUCUUCAACAAGCUUUCUUUAACUGCUGAAGCAUGCCGUGCCAUGGACCGCCAAGCCAGUGAACGUCCAAAUUAUAUCACAACCAAGGAUUGCAAAGAGAACAUGAUUGCUAACAUCCAUUGCUAGCUCUGGUAAGUGAUAUUUUUCAUUACCUGACCAACUUUAGUGAAGAAACACAAUAUACAGUUCUCUUUGACAAUCACUGAUUAGGAUAUCCUAUUUCUUGACUUGCACAAAGGCUAAGCAUCUGUUUUGGACAGUAGGACUCAGAGGGUGGAUCUCAUCUCCUUUUCUUCAUCUAACAAGAUGAAGCGAUACCUCAUUUGGCAUUAAGGCACCUGGCGACCUCCGGUACCAGAUAGUUUGGCUGAUCCCAUAGACCAGCCACAAUUUUCCCGUCUCGGCCUGUCGCACAGUUGUCGCUGCUAACAUAAUUCCUUAGUUGCUCGAUCGUGGGCUCGCCGGAGAUCCUGUUUUGUACAGCUAGAGGAGCAAACCCAACCAACCAUAGCCCGUAGCGAAGGGUGAAUGGCGCACCUGACCUGGUGGUUUUCACUUCUGCAGUGGUUGUGAAGUUGUAGCAACACCGCAAUCAUCUGGCAAAGUUAUUCGCUUGCCAUCUAUAUCUGUCUAUGGUUCGGAGCAUGAUCCGGUGAGGCUCUAAAAAUGUGCGCGCGCUAA